UCUCACAUUCAUCAUAUCUUAUAUCUCACAUAGCUAGCAAGCAGAGCAUUCCUUAUAUCGAUCCCUCCUAGCUACCUAAAACUCUAUUCUCUCUUUUUCCAAACUUUUUCUUUCAUUUUCAUUACCCUUUUGCUUUAGAAGAAAUGGCCACUGUUGAGGUUGCACAAACACCAGCAACGGUCAAAGAGAAUGAGACAACACAAGAGGUGAUCAAGACAGAGGACACAGCCACCGUAAAAGAGCCAGUUGCAGAAACCCCGGCUGCUACUGAGACAGCAACCACACAAGAAGAAGCAAAAGAAGCAGCACCUGAAGCUGCUGCAGAGCAACCAUCUGCCGCUAAGGAAGAGGAAGCUGCAGAGACCAAGGAAGUGAAAGUGACCGAAGAAGCAGAGGUCAAGACAGAGGAUCAGCCAGAACCAGCUGCAGAGAAAGCAGUGGAAGAGAGCACUCAAGAGACCGUGAAGGCUGAAGAGCCUGUUGCUGCUGCUGCUGCUGCUGUUGAGGAGGUGAAAGAAGAGACCACCGCUGAGAAGGCGGUUGAGCCGGCUCCGGUCGAGGAAAAGAAACCGGCUGAAGAAGCAAAGGAGACCAGCACAGAAAUUCCAGUUGAGAAAACUGAAGACUAGAAGAUCUGUCCAAGUGAAAAGAGUAGACAGUGAACGAGGAAGGGAAGAAGAGAGUAGUUUGUGGGUUGCAUGUCAAAGUUGGUCAGCUUUUGCUUAUUUUAUUAUUAUUAUUACAUAUAUUUUUUUGGUCUUGUUGUUUUUUUCAUUUUCAUAUAUUAGUUUAUGAUUAUAUAAGUAAGGUUUGGAAAUUUGGAAGCUAAAAUUUACUAUUAAGCAAGUUGGGGACCAAGCUAGCUAAGCAUACUCGCACUGUGGCAUAUGUGGGGGUUUUAAUUAUUUAUAUAUAUGUUAAAGCAAAACAUCGAUGCAUGCUUAUAGAUAAACAUUUAAGGAUUGAUUGUACAUGUGCUAUGUGGAGUGUGAAAUGUUGGGAGGGGUCAAAAAAUGAGUUUGAUAAUGUUGUGAUGAUAUGUGAUCUUUUUUACUAGGGUUUUUGAAUAAUUAAACUAUCUUCUUCUUCUU